AUGAUGGGUCCCUGCACAUGCUACUCCCUUCCAGCAAGAAAUGCCUUAUUCUCCUCCUCCCUAUCCCCAAAUACCCCUGUGUCCACACACAUAGGAUUGGAGGCGAUCUCGCUCUGUCACUUCUCCCUGGAUGAAGUACAACUCUCCAGGCUUGAAAUGACACACAAGAUAGCAGAAAUGGAAGCCAAACUGAAUAAUGACAGUGAAGGUGGUGAAUGGAAGACCCAUUAUGAGAAACAACUUGAAUUGAACGAACAAGUAGAAAAGCAAAUUGGGGAAAAGCAAAUUGUUUCUCUCAAAGAGAAAAUGGCAAAAAUCUGUGGAAAUCCUUCAGAUAGACUAUCUUCUAUUCGUGUCUAUGAACAAAUGACAGUGGAAUCCUUAAAUACAUUGCUUAAACAGCUCAAAAAAGAAAAAAGGAGUCUUGAAAAUCAAGUGAAAGACUACGCACUUAGGCUGGAACAAGAAUCAAAGGCUUACCACAAGACCAACAACGAACAUCGUCCCUUCCUAAAUGAAAUGUCUCAGGUCUCUGGCUCACAUCAGGUUUCUACAAGGCAACAGAAGGAUCAACUGCCUAGAAUGAAAGAGAAUCUAGUGAAGACGGGAAGGCAUAAUCCAGUCGAUCAGAAGAUGGCAAAUGGCAAGAAAGAGCCAGUAGAAAAGAUGACAAAAUCAAACCAUCUUCCAAAACUCCAUCCAUGA